AUGCUGAUUGGCAACCAACUAAUCGUCAGGGGCGAGUGUGAAGAAAUUGUGAUCUCUGUCUUGUUCUCACUGGCAUAUCUACUACCUAGGGACUGCUGUACUAUGGUCCCCUAUAGCCACAUCUACCGUGAACGGUGGGAAUGCAACUUUCUCGGGCUAAGCGCGGACGCGGAAAUACCUGCUACACUCGACCAUGGAUCUCACGUGAUCCUGGAUGUGAAGUACAACCCAAAACCAAUUCACAAGAAAAAGGCGUGUAACCAUGGCAACCCGCCCAACUCGGCGCCCAGCGGGGAGCGCAGCACUCCGUUGAUUUGCGAAGAUAUCACAUUGCGCGUGUUCAAAUCGAAACACCACUUUCAACGCAGCACAUUCAACCGCACCCAGAGGUAA